AUGGCCCCAGUCUACGCCGCCAUGGAGGGUGCCGGCGACCUACUCCUCUUCCCCAAUGUUCAGACACUCCGCCUAGACCAUCACGACCACUGGAAGCCCGAGGACUACGCCUUCCGCCAGUACCGUGACGACCGUCGGGGGCGCACGCCUGGUCUCCCUCCUGGCCUGCCCCCGAUGGAGCUGGCGCUGUUUGACUGCCCGGAUGUGUGCAUUUACGGCGAAUUCUACGCCGUCGAAGCGCUGGCCUACCUUCCGUUGCGAAACUUCUCGGGCUCAAGCCUCACAGUCCACACAGGUAGCCUGGAAGCCAUCACCUGGUCAAACAUGCAGCGAGGGUGGCGGCGACUGGUGGUAUACCACACAGACAUCGAGGGGUUCCAGAUGACCCCCGACUUCAAGGUUCUCGCCAGCCCAAGCGAGGGCUAUGCACAUCGAACCUAUCAUCCGACAUAUGCUCGUGUGGGAGGCAAAGCAUCCCCCAUACUUACCUGUCCCUCCGCCUGA